AUGAAUCAAGGUCAAAAAUUCAAACUACGUGAAUCACAUUCAGAUGAUGAAUUAGGACAAAAACGAUUCAAACACGCGCAAGAAGAUUCUAAACCAACAACAACAUUCAAUGAUUUGUGUACUGAUAUUGUGUAUGAACUAUUUGAAUACGUUAAUGUCAACGAAUUGUAUCAAUCAUUCUACACUUUAACUUCACAGAUGAAGCACACAAUUGACACUUAUUUUCAACCACUAUAUGUUGAUCUAUCAGAAAGCAUUUCAUUUAAUUAUUUCUUUGAAUUUAUUGAACCAACAUUGUUCGAUUAUCCAAAACAAUUUUUUUCUCUGAAAUUAUCUGCUCCUGUCGAUAGGCGUCACUUAAUUCUCACUAAAUUGACACAUUUUCGAUCCUUAACAGUUUUAACUCUCGUUGGAAUGGAUUCCAAAGAUAUGAUACCGAUAUUGAAGGUAACUCCUCAUUUAACUUACCUAAAUAUUGAUAAUAGCAGACGACGUGCAAAUGUCCUCAUUGACACAAUACUAAAAAUACAAACGUUAAAAACAUUUAUUUUCAGAACCUUAACACAUAUAACAAAAUUACCAUUAACAACCGCUACAUCAAAUAUUGAACGUUUGUCUACUUCACUGAAUAUUGAUUCGUUACGUGAUCUAAUUUGUCAUUUGCCGAAAAUUCGAUAUUUACAGAUUAGUCUUUGUUAUAGAUAUUCUACAGAGGGUGAACUAUUCGAUGUUCCGUUAAUGCCAAGCUUAGUCAAGCUAAAAAUAAUCUGCACCUGGGGAUUUGUAACCAGUUUUGCAAAACAUUUAUUUAAAACAGCAUCCAGUCUUCAAUAUUUACAUCUGGUUGGAGCACAUUUUAGUGCUCAAUAUUUGGAUCCUUCUUAUUGGACAAAUUUAUUAUCCUCUGUUGACGGACAGGUGGAACAUAUAAAACUCCAUAUCGGUUUUUCUCCUCGCUGUAUUGGAAUUCGCGAUCGAAAUGAAAUUGUAGAAAAAUUUAAGACAAGUACAUUUAUGCAACAACACGAUAUUCAGAUCUAUGAUAAAAAUAAGGAAGAAUUAUGUUAUUUUCGAAUUAUUGCUGAUUAUCAAAAUCGAAAAUGA